AUGACCAUGAGUGACCGACUAUCGACUCACGGCAGCCGGGUUAGGGUUAGGGUUAGGGUUAGGGUUAGGGUUAGGGUUAGGGUUAGGGUUAGGGUUAGGGUUAGGGUUAGGGUUAGGGUUAGGGUUAGGGUUAGGGUUAGGGUUAGGGUUAGGGUUAGGGUUAGG